AUGCGCACUCUAGGACUUCUCUCAAUUGCACUCGCUGCUACCUUUGCUCAAGCUGCAGUCAUCAACAAACGUGUUACUGCUCCAGUAGCUACUGAGAUCACUGACCUUCAGACCAUCGUAACCCAGCUUGAGAAAUUGACCACUGAGGUCAAUGGAUACACUGCCUCCCAGGGCUACACUGGAGCUCUCAAGAUCAACGCCGACGAAGGUACUCUGGAAACCGAUAUCAAGCAGGCAACCACUGAUUGCAAUGCCAUUACUGGAACUGUUUCUGAUGACGAUGCUACUGCUGUGUUCGCAGAAGUUGCUCUCCUCGUUCCCCAAGUUCAAGCAGCUCUCCAAGCUAUCGUUAACAAGAAAUCCGUCUUCGAUUCUGUUCUACUUGUGACUCCUUUGGUCAAGGCUGAUCUUCAACGUCUCCAGCCAUUGACUGCCUCUCUUGAUACCUGCUUGUUGAACCACACUCCUGCUGACCAAACUGCUACCGCUCAAGGUUACAUCACUCAAAUUAACGCCGCUUUUACCGCUGCUUGCUCGGCUUAUGGAUUCACUUGCUAA